AUGGCUGAGUUGAACGAGAUAGUUCGCUACAGUAUGGCACUAGAGAAUUUCGGAGUGGCACCUUGUGGUACUGACAAGCAGAAAUGCGAUGAAGACAAAAGAGCGAUAGAGAUUGCUGGUAAAACAAUCCGUUGGAUUGGUGAGAGAUAUGAAGUUGGGUUGCCGUACGACGAUGAAAACGUCGUCAUGGAGCGUAGUCUGGGAAUAGCAUUCCAUCACCUGAAAAGUGUCGAAAAAAGAUUGGAUCGCCAAGGUUUGCUUCAAAGAUAUCAUGAAAAUAAUGAAACCUAUUUGGAGAAAGGCUACGCGGAGGAAUUGAAAUGGGCCGAUGUAAAUAGGAACUUGUCUAAUCUGUGGUUCUUGCUUCAUUUCCCUGUUUUAAAUCCACACAAACCAGAAAAGCUCAGAAUAGUGUUCAACUCAGCAGCCAAAUCAAACGGAAAAUGCCUGAACGAUUAUCUACUUCCAGGACCACCUCUAGGCACCGAGCUUUUCGGGAUCUUGUGCCGAUUCCGUAAAUACCCUGUCGCAGUUGGAGCUGAUAUAGUUGAAAUGUUCCACCAAGUGACUAUAAGGGAGAAGGAUAGAUGGUCGCAAUGUUUUUUGUGGCGGAGAAGCUCCGAUGAACAUACGGGAAUAUAUCGGAUGAAAGCUAUGAUAUUCGGUGCCAAUUGGUCUCCUUUUCUGGCACAGUUCGUCAAAAACUACAAUGCUGAGCAACACAGCCAAGAUUUCCCAGAAGCACGAGACGAGAUUAUUAAUCAACACUACGUUGAUGACUAUUACCGCUCAUUCCUCAACGUCGAGACAGCACUUCGCAUCUGUAAUGAAGUUAUUCACGUUCAACAACUCGGUGGAUUCCGUUUGAGAAACUUCAUUAGCAACAACCAGGAGUUGCUUAAUAGCCUGCCGCAAGAUAGAGUGAUUCCUUCGUCUCAGUUUGAUGUGUGUAAUACUACGGUGCAUCGUAUCUUGGGAAUCCAGUGGGACGCAAUUGCAGACCAGUUUCUAUUUGUUCCGAAUUUUCAAAACGUUGAAUCGGACGUCAUAUCCGGAAAGAGAGCGCCAACCAAAAGAGAAGUUUUGAAGAUAGCAAUGUCAUUGUAUGAUCCACUGGGAUUCAUUAGCCCUUUAGCCAUCAAGGUGCGUAUACUCAUCCGCUACAUCCGGAAAGAAAAAAUCUCUUGGGACGAUGAAGUAAAAAAUGACCUCCUGAAAAAGUGGCUGAAUUGGCUCGACGAUCUUCAGAAGGUAAGCGAUAUAAAAAUUCCCCGUUGCAUUCUUCCAUAUUCCGAUCAUGUAGUAACACUCGAGCUGCACACAUUCUUUGACGCCAGCGAAUCAGCUUAUUCGGCUGUAGUAUAUUUACGUGCUGAAUUAGGAGGACAGUAUUUCGUAUCUUUGUUGGCCUCUAAAGCUCGAGUCACACCACUGUAA